CGAAAAUAUCUCUCCAGUCUCCACCAUGGGCCACUCAUCUCUCCUAUCCUUCUUCCCUCUCCUCCUCCUUUUCAUCUCGGCCGUCACCGCCACCGUCACUGUUGCCGAUGAACUCUCAUCGGAUCUUUUGAUCCGUCAAGUGGUAUCGGAGGAAGAGACGACUGCCGAUCCUCUCCUGAACGUCGACCACCACUUCACGCUCUUCAAGAGCAAGUUUGGGAAGACGUAUGGUACUCAAGAGGAGCAUGACUUCCGUAAGUCCAUCUUCAAGUCUAACCUUCGCCGUGCUAAGCGUCACCAACUCCUCGAUCCUACGGCCGAGCAUGGCGUUACAAAGUUCUCCGAUUUAACCCCGUCGGAGUUUCGCCGGACUUACCUUGGCUUAAAAAAGCCUCUCAAGUUUCCAGCUGAUGCUAACAAAGCUCCGAUUCUCCCGACCAGUAAUCUUCCUGAAAACUUUGACUGGCGCGAGAAGGGUGCCGUGACUCCCGUUAAAGAUCAGGGUUCAUGUGGAUCGUGUUGGUCCUUCAGUACCACAGGAGCUUUGGAAGGAUCUCACUUCCUUCAAACCGGGGAAUUGGUCAGCCUGAGUGAACAACAGCUUGUGGACUGUGAUCAUGAGUGUGAUCCUGCUGAACGCAAUGCAUGCGACGCAGGUUGCAAUGGUGGACUGAUGAACAACGCAUUCGAGUACAUAUUGAAAGCAGGUGGUGUUCAGAAAGAAUCCGAUUACCCUUACAAAGGAAUCGAUGGCACCUGCCACUUCGACAAAUCCAAAAUCGCUGCAUCUGUCUCCAACUUUAGCGUUGUUUCAACUGACGAAGAUCAAAUCCAAGCCAACCUUGUCACAUACGGCCCUCUUGCAAUUGGGAUUAAUGCUGCUUGGAUGCAAACAUACAUAGGCAAAGUGUCAUGUCCGUAUAUUUGCUCGAAGAACAGAAUGGAUCAUGGUGUUCUUCUUGUUGGAUAUGGAUCUUCAGGUUAUGCACCUUUGAGAUUCAAGGAGAAGCCAUACUGGAUUAUCAAGAACUCAUGGGGAGCUGACUGGGGUGAAGAUGGGUACUACAUGCUUUGCAGUGGGUACAAUGCUUGUGGGAUGGACACCAUGGUUUCUGCUGUGGUUUCUACAAAUACUUGAACUUAUUUAAACCCAAGGUAAUGUAAUGUGCACUUAAUUUUAAUUCUGCUAUUUGUAAAUAUGUAGUAACUAGUAAGUAGUAAUAAUGUGUCUUAUUAAAACUGUCUGUAUGUGGACAAGAUAGUAAUAGUAAUAUGCCACGAAGUUUCAGUUAGUAGUUUUAUAUCUACUGCAACAUGGAAUCAAACAAAUUGGAAAAACUUUGUUAUUGUUA